AUGCUCAAUCGCAUCGUCAGUUGUUCUGAUGGCAUCAAAAAUAGUUCUCCCCUUGACAAAGGUGCUCUGAUCAAAGUGAAUUAUUUCGUGUAGCACAUUUUCCAACCGCUUGGCCAAGGUCUUGGACGCUAUUUUUGCAUCUACAUUAAUAAGAGAUAUUGGACGCCAAUUCUUUAUUUGCCUUUUGUCUUUUCCUCUUUUUUCAACUAAAGUUAUAACAGCCUGUGUUUCUGUGAAUUUGAAAGCUCUCCGUACUCAAAGGGAUAAUUUAGACUUUGCACCGACAAACUUCCAAACACGGGCCAAAAAGCAAGGUAAAAUUCAACGGUUAAGACGUCGUUUCCGAGUGAUUUAUUCUUUUGGAAGGUCUGCAAAGCAUUGUAACACUCUCUGUAUCCCAAUUUGCCUUCACAAACGUUUUUCUUCUCCUCUACUAAAGAGGGAAUUUCAUUGAGAUUACUUAAAAAUGAGGAAAAGACCCCAUGUCUACACAUGUACUACCAUCAUAAAGGUCAGCAUAAAAUACUUCUAACUCAUUCAUUAUUUGUUUAGGGUCUGUAGUUAACUUUCCUUCCCUGUUAAAGACUUUCCGCACGGUGCUUUUCUUUUUAUUGGCGUUUUCCGGAUUCAAAAAAUAUUUGUUAUUUCUCUCGCUGAAUUCGUACCAAGUUGUCCGAGAACGAAUGAUCGCACGUUGUGUGAUGUAAUCAUACAUACUAUCAUAUUCCGUCUGAAAACACUCGAGUUCCUCCAGAUUUUUUGUAUUUGGAUCGGAAUCGCAUUUUUCCGCACAUUCCUCCAAAUCUUCCUCUAGGCUUUUUCGUUUCGCUCUUCUUUCGCGGGCUUUAGUUCUGCUGUAUCUGAUUGUUUGCUGUCUAAUUUUGUAUUUAAUCAAAUCCCAUAAGACACGUUUAUCUUGUACUUCUUUGAAUUCCUUCAGCCAAUUGGCAUACUCAGUGGUUAGAAGUUCACAAUAAGCAGAAUCAUUUACUAGGUUUGAAUUAAAUUUCCGGAAGUUAGGUCCUUUUUCAAGAUCAUCUAAGCCAUUUAUGGAGAGCGUUAUUGCUGAAUGGUCUGACUUAAUUGACGAUUUAAUGUCCACUGAAUUUAUGUCAUCUUGUAAACUAUAGCUUACGAGCCAGUAAUCUAAGCGCCUUUGUAUGAUCGGUUUCUUUUGACGCCAAGUAAAACGUGUAACUGUUGGGUUUCUUAUGCGCCAGAUAUCCAGUAAAUCAAGCUCAGCGGACAUAUCUUCAGCAAUUUUUCCAGAGUCUCUCCUUUUACUAUUCCCGCCCUGCCCAUCUAAAACGUUGUCAAGAAUGAUAUUUAAGUCCCCACCCACUAUAAAUGGUUGAUCUUGUUCCACUCUCGCACCUUUUAGAAUAUCCGAUGCGUCUUUGAAGAAGAGAAAUUGUUCACUACACUUAUUUGGAGCGUAAAAGUUAAAAGAAAGUAAGGCGAAUCCUGAAUAUAAGCCUCCAGAAAAAUGCAGCGACCUUGAGAAUCUUCCUCGGUAGAAUGUAUUUUGAAAUCUAAAUUAUCCUUUACCAGUACUAGAACACCUCUGCUAUGAUUGCUGCCAUGCGAGAAGAACAUUUUACCUUUCCAUUGUUUUCUCCAGAUAUUUUCAAUGUCUCGAGUGCUGUAUGUUUCUUGCAGGAAAAUGAUGUCGGCAUCGGAAUUUACAAGCCAACUAAAAACAGCUUUCCGCUUUUCAGAAAGUGCGAAUCCCACGAACAUUUAACGACAAAAGAUUGAACUCGUUAUUACGCCCCAUAUUGCCAGAAUAAGUAGGACCUAAUUUGGUGGGAAAAAUUCAUCAACACAUUUACAGCAAUCUGACACUCAAAGAAAUUCUUCAUUGACAUGCUGCGAUAGCUUUGAAUAACAGAAAAUGAAAGGAAAAUAACCACGAAAACGAAAACAAAAACAAUAGAGUACAACCACUUAAUACUGAUACAAACAAUUAAAAGAGCAGCAAGAUAACUAUCUCGAAUGCUGCGCUCUGGAAUGGAACUAAGUAAAGUUGUUUGAGAAUGCAUGUUUGUGUACGACAGCAAAAGCCUAGUUGAGCUUUAGAGACAGUGAUUCGGAAAUAAAGUUUUAAAGUGAAUGUACUUAACGCCUACAACAGAUUACGAGGAAAUUAUAUGCAAAUACAUGACUAUUUGAGAGCAGAGUGAAAGAAAAGCUCCGAUGAGAGUAUUAUAUUUACAUAUACAUUUUUAUCUCUGGAAAUGUGUAGAGAGCAGUGCUCGUACCUAAACAAAAUCUGUCAAUGGAGCAUGAUUUGCAGGGAUAAAUUUACCAUUAACAAAUAACUUAUCUGGUUGCACUUUGCUGAAAUAUACUGUACAGCCUUUGCCUCUGGCUUCCUUGAACUUUUUCAUCUGACUUUUCCUUAUUUCAUAAAGUUCUUUUGGUACAUCGUCAAACACCGAGAAUUAUUUGUCCUCUUGCCUCUUUAACUCCUUGCGGGCUUCAUCCAUCACCAUUUCCUUGUCCGAAUAUCGUAAGAAACGUGCGAUAAUUGGGCGAGGUUUGUCACCUCUGUUGUUAGGCUUUCCCAAUCGAUGGACUCUUUAGAACUCGAUUCUACCACGAGGGUUUUCAACACGAAGCUUGUUUUCCAGGAAUUUGAACACUAAAUCUCUCGUAUCCUCGGGUGGGGAGUCAACUUCAGAAGCUGGCGUUACUUCGUCAAUCCCAAAGAAUUUAACAUUUUCUCUUCUUGAAUAGGUUUCUAAAUACAAUAACUGCUUGCGAAGAUCAUUUAUUUCAAACUUUGACUCCUUUGACUCUUUCUUUAGGUCCGAAAUGUCGUCUUCGUUGAACUGGAUACUUUCUUCCAAUUCGGACGCUUUCUUUUCCACUCUGUUUGUUUUUUGCUUCGGGUCUUGUACAUCUUCAUCUAAACGAGAUACAUUCUCCUCAAUACUAUCAAGACCGGCAGAGACCUCGCUAAGAUGCGCUUCUAUCUUAUCGAGUUUUUCUAAUUCAUCCAGUACAUGCUGCAGUUUCAGACCGACGUCCUCCACCAUCCCCAGCGCUUCAAACACUUCGUCCGUUUCACUAUUGUUGCUUCUUUUCUCUUCAGGUGACUGAUUAGAAGAUUGAGAUGCUGCACUAGAUCUGCCUUUCCUUUUGGAAGACAUUAUAGGCGUAUAAAGAUGAAAAAAUUGCAAUCACUGCCUCCUGCUCAACAUUACGCGACCUAUUCGUUCGCCAUGCUAACCCCAGAUUUUGGCUUUGUUUUUAAGCUCCCCUAAGGAACAGGCACCCAAAUUGAAAUCUCAUUUCCUCUGAAUCAUGUAUUUGAUAAAUCAGCUUAAAAUCACUGACAAUGAAAUUAUAUCAGUUUCAGUUUUUUUCUUUUCUUUCCUUUCUUUUCAAUCGAAUUUUACGCCUGUGACUGCAUUAGAAUGUUGUGAGAACAACGGUAUGGUCAAACACUAAUAAACAGCGUUUUUGCAUUCCCAAUGUUUUUUUUUUUUUGAAGCUAGGAAAUCUACGAUAUGCGUCCAUUUAACCCUACACCUCUAGUGCCCGCAUAGGACAACCAUUCUCGUAAGCGGCCUACGCUUUCCUAGGUAGUAGAUAUCCGCUUACAAGAGCCGUUCCAUUGUACUUCUGGGUCCUUUUUGCCACGUUACCCGAAUUGUAAUGCUGUUUACUAACUUGAACAAUUUAAAAUAUCGAUAGGGAAAAUACCACGCUGUUGAAACAGAACAAAAUGGCUGAAGACAAAGCAAAAGGUAGUCCAGACGAAGCUGGGGGCAAUGACAGCAAGGUAUUUAGUUUGUUUUGUUUGAAAAGCAUUUUGAUUUGAUUAGGCGAUGGAUUCAUACUAAUGACCCCUAAUACUGAAUGGGUACCUUCCCUAAUGUCCUUCCAGCGAUUACUGUAGCUUAUUUAUGGACAAAGUUGUUUUUUACUGAAUAUCGUACAAAAGGAAUUAAACUACUAUUUUCAGAAAUAAUUUUAUCUCAUUCUUUAAGUUGUGUAUCAAUAACAACAGCUAACAGCUGAAGAGGUACAAUGGGAUCAGGAUUUCAUUGGUAUCGAUUGGAAAUAAUGUAUGAGAAAUAAACUCCCUCAAUCCUUACAGAUUUCUUUCUAGUAGUACCACUUGCAGAAAAGAAAAAGAGUUCCCUUUCCUGAUCAAUAAAAAAAAAAUCCUGGCAAAACCGAAACUUCAACUCAGUCAGUUAAAGAAACUGACUACAUGUAUAUAUCCUGUUGCCUAUAACAGGACAGGAAAGGUUCCAUGUUACCCUUUCUGUCAACAUUUCUAAAAAGUUAUAUUUAGGUACUGAAUCGUUUGUUCUCUGUUAGUGUUCCAUUAAAGCAGAUACUGCAUAUAAAAAAUGUUUAUACCUUUUGCGAGUUUAUUAAUUUUAUCCAUCAGACUUAUCCAUCAGAUAGUAAGAAACGACAACAAAUAACAUAAAAUAUAAAUAAUCGCCAGAAAAAGUCAUGAAAAGCCGACCAUUUUGAUGCCCAGUAUCAACAUAAAAUUGAGAGGGAAGGCUAAAUAAGCGUAAGCACCUUUUAAAAAUUCAGUCAGACAGAGUUAUUUGACUUUUUAAUGGAAGCCAUUUGAGCACUAAAAGUACAAAACUGGAGUCUUUCUUCAAGCACAGAAUCAAUCGCGAUAUCAAGGGAAAAAAAAGAAAAAAAGAGAAAGCGAGGAGAAGAAAGAAGGAAAAGAUAAAAAAAGGAAUCUCUGCAGUCUUGGUUUUUACAUAGUUUUUGACUGUAUUCAAGAUUUUAAACGUUUAAAACAGGUUUCCUGUCCAAAGAGAUUUCUUUGCUAUUUUGAGGAGAUUUGCGAACGCGAUGCCCGAGAACCCUCUUCACGCUAGCUAACCUGCAGUGCAGGCGUAUUUGGGGUGGGCGAAACCUUGUUCGUGUUCGUAUUGUUGUAGCCGCCAUCUUUGAUUUUAUGACAGUGUAAGAUUGGGGAGAGUAAAAAUAGUAACCCUAAGGGUAGGUGCGAGGGCGAAAGAAGGAAAGGGGGAGGGGAGGAAAAAAUACGCCUGUCCGUUAUUAUUGUUCUUUUGGCAAACUCCGCACGCUGGCAAACGGAGCUCCUGAUUGGUGCGGCAUAGGGAAGUAGAUUGAUGCCUGUCAAUAUAUUGUCUAUAUUGCAACUGAGGGAAAGAAUUAUUCCGAAUUCAGAAAUGGCGGACGUAAAUUGGAAUUUUAACUCGCGCUGUCGAAGGAAGUCUUUUGGAAUUGGAGCAGCUGGGAAUGUCGCGUGUAUUACGCAAUGAGAAAGUCAAAGCGAUUUCUACACUGGUCAUCAGGACAAGAUUUGCUCGCAGUACUAAAACCUACACCACUUUUAUCUCAUGCCAAAAUGCUGCCUGGUCCAAUACGUUUUUUUUUUUUUUUCUGGCGAGUAGAUUAUGCUCUAGAGGGUUCUAUGCUUUGACUGAGUAAAUGUGAUUUUAGUAGCCUGCAAAAACAUCCGUUUCUCCUCGCUCUUCGCUGCUGGGGACGUUUCGCGCGGAGGAACGUCUGCGACUCAGCGACAGAAAUUCCAUACUGAUGACGUAAAAUCUGUCCGGAAUCCGGUCAGAAGCGCUGAUUGGUCGACGGAGUAGUUACAUUGUUUUAGCUACUGUUUUACGAAUGACAGUCUUGACAGACAAAACAGAAAAGGCCACAUAGGUCAAAUGCAAAUGUGAAGAAUCUCUAACAAAACAGUCAAUAUUUGUAGAAUGUAGUCUUCUCCAGAAGAAGUAUUUGAGUUUUGCUGGAGCUCUUUGGCAGAUGAACACAACACUUUAACAAAAUCGACCAGAAGACACAUAAAAUUGGACAAAUUUAUAUCUGGAACCCCAUGAGUACCGAAUUUAUUAUGUAAACAUUGAUUUGCGUCAUCAGUAUGGAAUUUCUGCCCCUGAGUCGCAGACGUUCCUCCGCGCGAAACGUCCCCACCGGUGUGCGCACUACGAUCGCUAAGCAUCAUGGGUGAUAUUCAACAUCUGAUCAUUUGUGUCAAGAUGGCGUAGAGUGAACAUCUCGACUGCGGAGUGAAUAUUCGUUAAUUUCUCUUCCGGAAGAAAGUCUGUCUAAUUCUCAGGGGAAAAACAGUCUCAUUCCGUGGUUAAGUGUAUUCUGGUGUAUUUUGUUUGUAAUCACUUGUAUCCUGUUUACAACUGACCGAGAAAAGUCGGCACAGAAACGCUUUGUUCAAUGCUUUAAUCAUGAAAAGCACUGGAGGUAAGACCCGCGGUUCGCCGAAAAUUUUGAAUUCACCGUGAAAUCAGUGCAACUAGUGCUAAGAGGUACUGAUAUGUAGCUGUGAUUAUACUCAUAAAAUACUAGGAGCUUCUUCAGAAUACCCGGCUACGGUAUUUCAACACAGUGAGCUUAUUUUGUUUUGUCAUUCAGCAUUGCAAAAUGUUCACUUGCUAGCUGUAAUAAGAGAAACGAAGUUGAAGGGGUCAUCUUUUCAAGGACUUGCUUCUCUGUUGGCACCAAGUCUGCAUUUCGUUUUGCUUAACAUCUGUAUUUAUCAUCACAUGAAGACAAGUAAAUAAAGUAGAGGUUAUUUGUGUACAAUGAACUUGUGUCCUCUUUAUAGAUAAUAUAAUAUUGAGCAUCUUUAUUUGCCCAUAUAUUUUCUAUUGGUAUGAGUCAUAGAAUGUCUUAUAACUGGAUUGAAACUGAAAAUGGCAUAUUUGUGAUUACAAAGCCUGAUGCACUCAAUAGAUUUUAAAAGCUUCAGCCACUAUUUGUUUAAUGAUUGUGUCAGUAUGUACAAACACAUGUUAUCACAUACUUUUUUGGAUUAUAAAAACUCUUCAAAAUGUGAAAUUUAUACAUGUUUACGAAUCUCCUGUAAUCAGGGCUGGGGCAACGUAGAGAGACCCCUACCCUUUCUCCUCACCCCAAUUUUAUAAUUUAAAUAUGAUAUCAUAGGUCUCAUCAUACUCACAGUCAACUCUGUUAUACAGACACUGAGCGGACCGUAGAAAUUAUCCAUCUUAAUUUAGAGAAAAUUUAAGGGUUUUUUUCCAGGGAACAAAGCAAGCUGUCUGUAAUGAUAAGCAAGGCAGUGCUCUAAGGAACUUUGAAAGGAGCCCAGUUCUCUAAACCUGUAAAAUCCAGGCUGCCCAGCAUAUGAUUUGUAUGAAAAGUCUGAGAUUUUCUAGUCACCGAAAAGCAAAAGUUAGGUGCCAGGGGCCGCAGGGCUCUGCUAGAGCACGGCCUUGAUCAGGUGUCUGUAUGAAGCGGUUGUCCUUAAAGAGGGCUUUUGGGUCACCCGUUAUUGCAGAGGUGGAUCCUAGUAGUACAGUAAAACCCCCUGACUUAGAACCUGAAUGUUAAGAACCUGUUAGGCUAAAAUAUGCCAGAUGAGCCCCCUCUAUAUAAAAACCUGUUUAGCCUAAAAUUUGAAACAGGUUCUUAUUUUUGAAAUCUAUGAAAAAAUUCUGUACACUUGAGCAGAGAUAAAUCAACAUUUACAGUCUUCUUUAGAGACAAAGCAGUCUUAUCACUCCAACUGCAAUGUAAAUGCCAAUGUUUAAAUUUAAAUACAUUCCUCUUUUUAUGUCCAUUCUCACAUAACUUCUAAUUUGGUAUGCAGACUUUACAUGAGGAAUGAGGUGAAACACAAAUACUCUUAGCUACAUUUUUUCUUCAGAAAAUAAUAACCCAUUUAAAAACCUAAAUAGCUUAAACUUGUGCCAACUGCUGUUUAUAUAAGAAUCUGUUUAGGCUUACUUAGUUAAUUCAGGUUCUUAGUCGCAUGAUCUUACUACCCCAUUGUUCCACUUUUUUUAUUUCCUUUACCUGUCACCAUUUUUUCAGCCUUGGUUUUCCAAAUCAAAAGUACAUUCAAUGAUCAAGCAAUUUAUAUUUUAACUAAAGCCACCAAAAUAUGCAAACUCCUUGAUAUAUAUUAAACAGUGUAAACGGGUAAACGGAUUGAAUGACAUCACUUAGCCUGUGUGGCCGGCAUUUCAAAGAAAAGGGAAAGUGGGUCUUGGUGCAAGAGAAAUGUGAGGGAAGGAGGGAGGGAAAUGACUGCCAUACAGGAGACUAAUUGUUUUUUCCAUUAUAAACAUCAACCAGGUGAAUGUUGAAAUCACUCCCUCCUUCCUCGUGCACUCUUCGCAUUUCUCUUGUGCCCAAAACCCCUUUCCCUUUCCUUUUAAAUGCCUGCUAUGGAGGCUAAUCACCAAUGAAUAAAACAGGGACUAGGCAAGAAACUGACAAAGUCAUAAAAUCCAAACAACAACACACACCAAUCUUGGAAGUAGAUUAUGAUUUUCUUUUCUCAAGAGUGAUGUGCAUAUUUCUCUGAGUAAAAGUAAAGUGCAAGCUUGGUGGAUGUUAUGAAACUCUUCUUCUACACUGCACUAUUCUUGCAAUUCUCCCAAAAACCAUUUUUCAUAAAGGAUGGCUGGUUUCAAAAUGCACAGGGCUUAACUGUAUAAUCAAACUUAUCAUUUUAAUUUAAUACCUAUAAUUCUUAUCCUACUGAUUUUAUACCUGCAUAAAGGGAAUCACAUGUAUGACUGCAAUUUUAUUAUGCUUUUUUUAGUCCUAUUACAAAACAGACAUUCCUACAUCAGAGUACUCAUCAGCCUAUUUAUAUACCAAUUUCGAACAUUUUAUGCUCACCUAAUGCUAUUGUUUGGAGGAACCAGUCGCUGCUGCCCCGCUAUUUUGUGAUCAGCUUGUGAUUACAACAGUAUAACGUAACACUUCCAGCAACAUGUCACAUUGGUCUUCGCGAGGCUACAUUUUCCCAUGAAAACAUGCCGGUUUCAAUCCGGAAAAAGUAUCACAAAACGUGGGGCGCUUGGGGAGCGACAAAAAAUUAGCGUAGAACAAGGUUUGUAGAAACACUUACAACUAUCUUCUACUUUCGACGGGCAAUAUAAUGGAAAUUAUAGCUUCUUAAAAACCGGGUUCAAAUUUCAUGCUCUUACAGGAGGAAUCUUCGGGCUCCACGUUUUAGAUUGAAAUGAAGAAUAUUGACUUGUUUUUCUUCACAGAAAAAAUCUAAACAAAUAUUAGUUUAUGAAAUCGAGAAAAACGAUCUAAGGAAAGAACUGUAUCUAUUGAAAAAUAAAGCAUAUAACCUGCGAAAUUUCGCGACCUUCGCCAUCAUCUUGAAAAUUUUGAAUCCACAAUGCAUCGCAGUCGUAGUGCGCACACCGCCUGCCUUUUCACAGUGUUUUCGGGCAGGCGUUUUCUCUUCUCUCUCCCCGCCCUUUCCCCGCUCCCUUUGACUCGCCCCAUUUCCUCCUCUCUUCGGUUUCAACAUGGCGCUUUCGCGAGCAAAAACAUUUGCGCCCCGAAGAAAACGCCUGCACUACAGGCUACACGCUAGCGGUUAAUAAAACUUGCGCGAUUUAUAUUUUCUUAUGCGCGCUUGACGAUCUUUGAAAAUAAAACAACAGGUUUGUCAACAGGCUAGAAAAAAUAAUAAAAGAUGAGCAACAAGGAAUUAACGGCCGUAAGUCUAAUAACUUUUUGAAGAAAAUUUAGCUAGAGAAUAGCAUUAAUAGAAAUUUCGAAUGUAAAGUCAUAUUCAGUGCAGCUUGGAAGGAAUAAAGACUGGAAGCUUGUAUGAGGGUGUGAAUGGGGUUAACCGACUAGCGACAAAGGGCGAAAAAUAUUACUGACUACCGACAAAAUGAGUAAAAAAUUACCGACUACCGACAGGAAAAAUAUUAACCGACUACCGACAUGGGCUGAUAUUAUCAAUAUUUGUUUCCAGAAAAAAGAGCAUUUUGUAUUUAAUCUAACCGUUAGCUCGAGGAAGUAAGUAACCUCUUUAAAUUUAUGACUCAUCAGAUGGCCUAAGGGAAAGAAUUUCCUUUUUUUGUUGUUGAUACAGGUACAUUGCUACAGCCAAUAUCAAAAUCACAUAGUCACACCUUAAAGAUGCUACCGACUUUAUAAAUUUUAUUGAAAAGUCAAAGGUGAAAAAACCGAACGUUUUUUGCUUAGAUUAAUCCUCACAGAAAAUUCUUUCCCGUUUAAUGUAAAGAACUAUCAGUACAAACCCACGUUACCGCGAUGAGCACAAAGACAGCAGUUUCCUUUCCAACAUUUUCAUGGCACAUAUUGAAACACAAAGUUUAAGCAAAACCGUCUUUAAACCAGCUGUUUGAAAACGCUACAUAAAUGACAUUUUUUCCCUAUGGGACAGACAUCGUAGCUUUCUUUGCGGAACAAGUAAACUUACAUGCCCUCCUAUGAAAUUCACGGCCGAAAGAUCUGAAAAUGAGACAUUCUUUUUAGAAACGGUUGUAUACCAAGGUACAACAUUCAGCGAAAAAAUGAGAAAAAGCUAUCCUUGACGUAAAGACGCAUUUGAAACGGAAACCUUACAGUAUAUACAUUUUCACCUCUUAUCACCCACCAAUUGUUAAAGCGCCUGUUUGACAAACGAGAAGCCUUGAGAAUCCUACGAACAAACUCCUCUGAGGAAGUAUUUCAGAUUUCAAAAGCGCUUGAUGGAUAGAGGCUAGCCAGACAAUUUUAAAAGAAAAAUUGCUAUUAGAAGUAAAACUCACAGAAUGGAAGGCAGCGCUCCUGAAAAAAAACAACCAGGAAGAAAAAGACUGAAAUAUUGCCUUUCGUGACACAAUACCAGCCCUUAGUGUCUAUAAAAAAGAAGCUUUAAUGAAAAAGUGGAAUCUCAUGCAAAACCAGCCACUACCUUGCCAAAAUUUUAAAGAACCACCUAAAGUGCUAUUUCUUUGAGAAAGGAAAAUUAUGGCAAAGGACAUGCUUGUUAGAACCAAAACAUGAGAGGGAUAGAUGUGCAGCCUGUCAUCCCUUGCAGUUUUUCAAUGAAAAUAAUUUAAGUAUCCAAAAGGCUAGAGUCCAGGAAGUAAUUAAUUAAUUGCUUUUUACUGUGCCCUGUAGUCGACAGGGAAACCAAGUUCGCAUUUACAAUAAAAGCUUGGGUGAUUUUAUCAGUACUAAUUAUUCAUUUAAUGGCAAACAAUGAUGAAAUAAACGUUCAUGUUACAUAAAAAACAAGAGUUAAUGAACGGUUUAGGUGCAAUCAAAUGAUGCAUUCUUGCAAGUUUUAUUCUUCCCUUAGGAAUCAAAGUCUUGAAAAGUGGGUGAAAUACAUAAAAAAUAUAAAUAAUUAACAAACGUUUUACUUAUUAACUGAGAUUUUCCGACAACCGGAAAAUCGAAAAGUUUAACCGACUACCGACAAAGAUCGAAAAUUUUAACCGACUACCGACAAAAUUACUGAAUUUUAACCGACAACCGACAAGUGGAUCCCCCCAUUCAGACCCUAUUGUAUAAACCAGACGGCAUAGAGUUUCAAUCGAAAAUGAAACGAUGAAAAAAAAAGAAGUAUUUAAAAUUAAAAUAAUUGAAAUGUGCUACUCUGGGCAUGGAUUUAUUCUCGCGAUUAACUCUAUAAUGCCGCUAAAGUAGAUCAUCAACGAACUUCCUGUAGCUAAUAUCCCAAUAUGCAAAGACAAUUGUAUACAUUUGUACCUGGCUAAGGUGUUUCCUGCUCAGUUCAAAACUAUCCCACGUUAAGCGAAUUGUCAAAGUAUCAGAGCCACAACUCAGACGUGUGGCUCUUUUCUGUAUCGCCUCUAUUGUAGCUUUAACAUACUUGAUGAGGUAUGGGUUUUAAAUUAGACAGGCCUACUGCUGACUAAAUCUAAGUGUUAGUGCGACUUUUUAACCUAAAUUAUGUCCCGCAGGAGUGACCAACAUUGAUUUUCUCAAAUCAAUCUUAACUUAAUCUUUAAUAAAGUAGAAAACUUAAGUGAAUUAAGAACAAGAUAAGAAAAAGGAAAAUGCAUGAUCUUUCCAUACAUUUUCGCAUUUAAAUUUCAAGGAAGAUCAGUCUGAAGAAUUUGUAUGUGGACAUUGAGACUUAAAAGGUUAAAGAAGAUUUUUACGGAUAGGCGUAGUAUUUCACAUUAGCUCAGUAGAAAUCAGCCUAAUAUCAAACGUUGGUACAAUUAAUAAUUUUCUUCUGUUUCUAGUCUUUCAGGAAAACUGAAGGUAAACAUGGACUAAACAACAAAACUUCCAGUUAUAACCUCGGAAUUGCAGCUUACAAACGCUGUGAUUUCACAAGUGCCCGCAAUUACUUCGAGUCAGAAUUAAAUGAAGCCAAACAGGCAGGGAACAUGGAUAGAGAAAGCAUAGCAUAUACCAACCUUGGCAAUGCAUAUCACCAUCUCGCUGAUUACAAAAAAGCGAUCGCAGUUUAUCAGCAGUCUCUUAGUAUCGCAAAAGAGACUGGAAACAAAGGUCCAGAAGGUAAAGCAUAUGCCGGCCUUGGCUGUGCGUAUAGGUCUCUCGGUGAUUAUAAAAAAGCAAUCGAAUUUCAUCAGCAGUCUCUUAGUAUCGCAAGAGACAUUGGAAACAAAGGUUCAGAAGGGGGAGCAUAUGGCAACCUUGGCAGUGCGUAUUACUCUCUCAGUGAUUAUAAAAAAGCAAUCGAAUUUUAUCAGCAGUUUCGUACUAUCGCAAAAGAGAUUGGAGACAAAGGCUCAGAAGGUAAAGCAUAUACCGGCCUUGGCAUUGCGUAUGACUCUCUCGGUGAUUAUAAAAAAGCAAUCGAAUUUCAUCAGCAGUCUCUUAGUAUCGCAAAAGAGAUUGGAGACAAAGGUUCAGAAGGGGCAGCAUAUACCAACCUUGGCCAUGCGUAUUACUCUCUCGUUGAUUAUAAAAAAGCAAUCGAAUUUCAUCAGCAGUCUCUUAGUAUCGCAAAAGAGAUUGGGAAAAAAGGUUCAGAAGGUAAAACAUAUACGAACCUUGGCAGUGCGUAUCGCUGUCUCGGUGAUUAUAAAAAAGCAAUCGAAUUCCAUCAGCAGUCUCUUAGUAUCGCAAAAGAGAUUGGGGACAAAGGUUUAGAAGGUGCGUCAUAUACCAACCUUGGCAUUGCGUAUGACUGUCUCGAUGAUUAUAAAAAAGCAAUCGAAUUUCAUCAGCAGUCUCUAAGUAUCGCAAAAGAGAUUGGAGACAAAUAUGUUGAACAAAAGACGUACAACAGUCUUGGUUGUAGUUUUCAACAGCUUCAUGAUUUCCGUAAGGCUGAAAAGUGUUAUGAAUCCAGUAUAAAAGUGUUUGAGGAAUUGAGGUUCCUUCUUCAGGAGAAAGACGAAUGGAAAAUCAGCUUUCGUGAUAAGUUAGAAACGUACAGUUACUUGUGGAUUGUUCAGCUACUACAAAGCAAGACCAAAGAGGCGCUUUUAACAGCUGAGCGAGGACGAGCGCAAGCUCUCACAGAUCUCAUGGAAUCACAGUAUGGCGCAAAAUCAACUCCAUCACCAUCAAAAGAGCAGAUGAAAAAAAUAACUAACAUUUCAAACCUUAUUUCAUCGCCUACGACAUUUCUUGUCGAAGCCUUCGAAUCACUGCACUUCUGGGUACUGCAUAAAGGACAAGAGUGGCAGUAUAUGUACAAAGAACUCAGUUAUACCUUGAAAGAUAUGACUGACAAAGCAUACAACCAAAUUCUUGGUACUAAACCUGCCAGGUGCGAAGAUCGCUCUCUUGAUGAUCCAGAAGACGAAACAGUUGAAGAGUUAUCUGACAGGGGAAGAGAUGAGAGAGAAUUAACAUCGUUACAAGGCGACGAGGACCCUUUAAAAGAACUGUAUGACGUGGUUAUCGCUCCGAUUUCUCACUUGAUAAGAGAUGAGGAACUUAUCAUUGUUCCUGAUGGUUCAUCAUUCUUGAUUCCUUAUGCAGCCCUCGUGGGCCAAACUUCAAGGUAUUUGUCUGAAACGCCGAGAAUUCGAUUGGCUCCAUCACUAACAAGCUUAAGGCUGCUCACAGAGUGUCCGGAGGGGCGCCAUAGUACAUCUGGUGCACUGCUUGUUGGUGACCCGUGGAUUAAAACUGUACGCUUCAAAGGAAACAAAUUUUCGCAGCUCCCUGGUGCUGAAGAGGAGGUAAAAAUGAUUGGACAGAUAUUAAACGUUGAGCCUCUCACUGGAAAGAACGCUACAAAAGAUCAAGUGUUAAGUAGGCUAAACUCGGUUUCUUUAGUUCACAUUGCAGCUCAUGGUUCUGCAGAAAGGGGUGAAAUAUUGUUAUCUCCUAAUCUUGGCAAAUCCGAACCGCCUGAUGAGAAAGACUUUCUUUUGACGAUGGCAGAUGUGUUGAAGGCAGAACUGGACGCCAAGCUUGUUGUCUUGAGCUGCUGUCACAGCGGGCGAGGGAAAAUCAAGGCCGAGGGCGUGGUUGGUAUUGCACGUGCCUUUUUAGGAGCAGGUGCGCGCUCUGUUAUUGCGUCACUUUGGGCGAUUGACGACGACGCUACUCUAGUUUUUAUGAGACACUUUUACGAACAUUUGGUGAAGGGAAAAAGUGCAGGCAAUUCGCUACAUCAGGCCAUGAAAUGGAUGCGAGAGUCAGACGACUUCAAUGCUGUGAUGGACUGGGCUCCAUUUGUGCUGAUUGGUGAUGACGUAACAUUGAAUUUUGGCCAAUAA